AUGACACGCCGCAAGUUCAGCAGCGAUUUGGCUCACGCCUCUCGAGAGCAAGUUGAGCAUAUUUCCGGCCUCAAAAAGGGAGAUGACGACGGUGAAAUCACCUUUGUUCUUUCCCAUAACGCUCUAUCCUCUCCUGUGUACGUUCGUCUCGUUGCCAUGGACGUGGACGAAUAUCCACAAGGCCUCGGUUUUGUCGCCUUCACAAUCGAGGAGUCUGUCUCGAGCGAGGUUUCCGAGGUCCUCGACAAUGUUCCCAACUUUAGUCAGGGCAAAAGCAUACUCGACACACUUGUCAUGAUCUCCAAGAAGUUGAACACCGGACUUGACUCGUCGUAUGACGACAACGACACAGACGUCGAAAUGACGGAUGUUGACCAGGACGAGGAGGACGAGGAGGACAAUGAUUACGACUAUGACGACACCGCCUUUGGUUUUGAUUUUGCAGGCGAUUCUGUUCCGCAAUCACUCGACACCCCCAACAGUCCACCCAAAAUCACUAGCCGUCUAAUCGACGAUCUUCAGAAGGCCAAGGAGGCUGGUUUCAAGAUCUCUCUGCUGAGCCACGCUGCCAAGAACGAAACGAGUUGCAUCUUUUCCCUUUCUCUUCCGGUUGCCCACCUGGGAAUCAACGAGGACACGCUAGAGGCCUGGGAAGUAAGCGCUUUCGACUACAUCGUAUUACUAUACAAGUAUGAUGCAGGUUAUCCUUGCGUGGAAACCUUCACGAACCUCCCGUCCGGCCAUUCGAAUUCCAUGCACUUCAGCUUUGGAAAAUGCGCCUCCUUCAAGCCCACUCUCAGCUCAGCACUCAUUGCAUUCAGCCCAAAGUUCAACACUGCCAAGGGACGCUCAGCGGAAGAGGGUUUGGCAAGUGGAAACUCUCGAGAUGCGGCCUUCUGCUCAAUGCCCAUUUCGGAUUCGAUGGAUAAUUUCAUGAACAAGGAACUUGCCAAGCUUCUGAAGAUUCGGUUGAAUUACGGCGUCUCUUGGGACGGCGCAAAGGACAUGUUGGAGGACCUGACCAAAGAUGGGCACUUGCGUGGCUUCAACUCGAAACAGAGCAAUCUCGAUCCGAACCGGAGCCGCACUUCUCACAGCCUGAACGACAACGAUGCCCAAGUCUCAACGACCACACGUGAGUCACUCAACAAAGACUAUGUACGCCACAACCCACGGGCGCCAGGCCCGUUGCCGUGCGAAGAACUCAGCUUGCCUUUGAUUGCUAUGCAAUUCGCUCUGCGAUACUUUGUCAAAAGCACGCAGUACUGCCUGGUGUGCCACCGCAAGACGGAACCUGGAUUUACUGCUCUGAAGCCGUACGUCUGCGACUACCCUCUCUGUCUCUAUCAAUACAUGGCUUUAGGUCUGGGUCCCAGCAUUGAGCACGACAUCAUCGCUCGCCCCUAUAUCGUCGAUCUAUUGGUCAGCUUUUGCGCUGCUGCUUUGGAAAGUGGCCGGAUUCGAGAAUGGCCGCAGGGUCUGGCCAUCAAAGUUCCCAUCCUGAACCGAGUCUUGACACCAACGCCAACCAUGCCGAUGACCAUGGCAUCGUGGUCCACGCGCAAAUCCCAACAAUCCACGCAGGCCGCAAAAGAUGCAGAGACUCAGAUUACGAGCACGCCAAUUCUAGUCUGGGCUCAAAUUUCCGCCGGGAAGUUCAACGUGGACUGCUCGCAGAAGCUGGAGCUGCGACCUGGAGACAUGAUCAUUCUGGCCAAACCUGCUUUAAGCGGUAACGGGCAAAAUGUCGAUAUGCACCAUUGCCGCGUCAAGAGUGUCAACACCAUUCAUGACGACGACGGCAACAUUGGCGGCAAAGUGUUCGAGUUCGACCAUAUCAUGUCGAUUCAAAAACUACUGAACAAAACAGGUCCUGCUCGUCAUCGGUCGAAUGAACCCUCUGCAUCAGCCUAUGAGAUUGAUUAUAGCUCUAAGGGGAGGAUCGAUGAUGAGGAGGGAGAUGCUGAGCUGUAUCUCUACAAUUAUGACCUCGACAAAUUGAGUGCAGCCUACCAGAGAGAGGCGUUGAUGAUUCUCGUGCAAACAAUCCCCCCUAUCAGACAUCUGCGAGACUUUCUUCUCAGUCACAGAGGCUCACCUCUAACCGAUUACAAGAUGAUCUCCAAGUCGGCUCUAGCUUUGCUUCGAUGGAUCGUGGCUUCCAACCGCUCGUUUAUCGUACAAAUUGAUCAACCGGUGGACCUCGACAUUGGUGGGAUCAAAGCGACAGAGAGUAGACAGCGCGAACGCUUAGUCGGAUUGAGUGACGACUGGAUGCAGUUCCGAUUUGCCCAGGGAUCUCCUGAAAAAGAGAAUCGCUUCAAGCAAGAGCUUGAAAAGGAGGCAACCACGCAGCACCCGACGCUUUUCGCCUGGCACGGUAGUCAGCUCGGAAAUUGGCACAGCAUCAUCAGGACAGGUCUGGAUUUCAAGGAUACCGUCAACGGACGCGCUUUUGGACACGGCGUAUACUUCGCACGCGACUUUGAAACAAGCAUGCACUACUGCAAUAAACUGGUUGUUUCGACAUGGACGGGCUCGGAACUCAAGCUAUCCGCCGCAAUGAGUCUCUGCGAAAUCAUCAACCGUCCUGCGAAGUUCAAGUCCAUAUCGCCGUAUUAUGUGGUCGAUGAGGUUAAUUGGAUCCAAUGUCGCUAUCUCGUUAUCCAACGGAAACACGCAUCUACACAGGAAGCCACACCGGCCCCCAAGCCAGAGUACAUCUCUCAACAUCCCCAGUGGAAAGUGCUGGGAAUUGGCAAAAUUGAGGUGGAUGUCCCAGCCGCUGCGCUGCCAAGAUGGCGCCAGAAAUCCACAGUGACUGGAUCCUUGCCGUCUCAGCCGAUCGUCCUGGUCGAUGAUUCGGGCGAAGACGAGCCAGAUGACUUCGACUAUAUCAUUGACCUUCAAAAGGGCGAAGAGGCUGACGAUGAUGACACAAAGACUGUCACGCUUCACCUCGAACCACAUAUUGACCCAGACAAGACCCCUUUCACGCCGGCCACUCUUGAUAUGGAGUCACUGCCUCAGCUGCCUGCCCCCAGCUGGGCCUCGGACCAAGGACGACAGGUCAUCGGAAAGGAGCUCAGCAAGUUGCAGAAGUUGCAGGCCAAGACACCUCUUCAUGAACUCGGUUGGUACAUCGACUUUGAAAACAUAACGAACAUGUUUCAAUGGAUUGUUCAGCUGCACAGCUUCGAUAAGUCCUUGCCCCUCGCGCGAGAUAUGGAGCGAGCAGGCGUCGACAGCGUUGUUCUCGAAAUCAGGUUCGGCCGCCAAUUUCCUCUCUCGCCCCCGUUCAUCCGCGUUAUUCGCCCUCGUUUCUUGCCGUUUUCACAGAGAGGCGGUGGUCACAUCACAGCCGGCGGUGCCAUGUGCAUGGAGCUCCUGACCAACAGCGGUUGGAGCCCUGUCAGCAGCAUGGAAGGUGUUCUUCUCCAGGUUCGCGUGGCCAUGUGUAAUCUCCAACCCUUCCCAGCACGACUUGCGCGCCAGGAGAAAGGUCAGCCUGCUGGAGGAAGCGAUUAUGGUGUUUUUGAGGCUGUUGAGGCGUAUAAGCGCUCUGCCGCUGCCCAUGGCUGGCAGGUGCCUCCCGACCUGGAUAUGACUGCCAAUGCGCAGUGA